AUGGGCGAAGCGACUGGCUUUGGAAACAAGGAGAUCACCCGAAGGAAAAAGCUAGGACGGGAUGAUCAGUCCUUGCCUCGCGACAACUUGUUUGCCUCGAGCGGCGAAACGGGGAAGCCUGCCAGCCUGAACCACCUCCACCGCAACCAUUCCGUCAUCUUGGAUCUGAUACUGAACUCGAGCAAACGUCGCGAGGAAUUGAAUUUUUACAACAGCUCCAAGGAAAAGCGACUGUCCAUAGAGCACAUUCCAGGAAAACCAGCUACUUUUCGAAAUGGAGACGGUGGAAGGUCUCUUGCCUCGGAAAGUGUGAGAGCAAGCGGGGCAGGCACCAAUGGUGUUACUAGAACCGGUAAAGGCGGUAAGGAGGACGUGGUCAAAGACUGCGAUGACGCAAUUAUCAAUUUGGAGCACGAAGGAUUGCUAGAUCCGCCGAAAGUACAGCAGCUUCUAGACUCCUACGGCCGCACGGGUCAACAUAUAACUAAACGCAAGUUUAGUUUUGACUUGCAUCUAAUGAUAUCCUCGAGCGGGAAGUUUCUAUCCGUAUUUGAGAACGGGCGGCCCGUCGACGGGUUCGUAAUCGACAUUGAGUCGCAACUCAAGAUGCUAUCCUUUCAAGAUCGAGCGUAUCAAAUACACUUUUUGGAUAAUUCUGCAUUUAUGACGGCCACGCGUGGCCUGGGCGACGACCUAAUCAAGAAGUACUUUGUUGAGCAUCCCAAUCCAAAAGUGAAGACGGAUGUGGAAGCAAAAGUUGACGUGGACGUGGACGUGGACAUGGACGUGGACGUGGACAUGGACGUGGACGUGGACGCAGAUGCAGACGUGGACGUGGACGCAGAUGCAGACGUGGACGCAGAUGCAGACGUGGACGCAGCUGCAGAUGCUGUCAAGGACACUGCAAAGGAACCAGACUCCUCCCUUUCAAAUCGCUUGCUGCUGCCUUCAGAAAAAAAUCGAGAUCCUCUCAGCUUCUUUAUACCCAGGCGAGCCACGAGGAGCACCACGCAUCCAUUCAGAGACAUCUUUCACGAAACUAGCAUUGCAGAGGGAGAUCUCCCUCUGCUCAGCAACAAAUCAAAGAUGCUGAAACUCGUUGAUGAGGGUUAUGGAAGGAGAAGGUCAUCCCGCAGAUUUCAUGACAUUGAAUACGUUGAUGACGGCGUGGAUGAUGAGUUUGCAGCCUUUUUUGAGGACAUCAAGCACUCGGGUUCUGAGAAAGUCCCCUCCUUAGUGCCGGAUCUCCAUUACAAGUUUUACGACGGGGUACAAAUGACAUUGUCCAAUAAAGACUUUGUCAGCCUAUUCCGCAACAACUGGGUUAAUGAUCGAGUGAUUGAUUUCGGUAUAAAAUACCUGAUUCAAGAGGCCGUAAAGCAGAAACUAGUACCAGCCGAAGAGAUUUGCUGUUUAAGUGCAUUUUUUUUCACAAAGCUUGUGUCUCGAACCUCGACUCUGGGAGAAACGGACUAUUACGGCAACAUCAAACGAUGGCUUCAAAAGAUUGAUUUGAUGAGUUUUCGCUAUGUUGUCAUGCCGAUCAACCAGAAUCUGCAUUGGUUUUGUUGCAUUGUGAGAAAUCUACCGGACUUGUUGAAAAAAGAGCUCGAUAAGCAAACCAGCCCUCCAAAUGAUGACGAGCAGCUGGCGCAACACAGAUCCUUCGCUGAAAUCUUUGUGUUUGACUCGUUGAGCGCGCGCAGAGACGACGUGAAAGUCCCUUUGAAACUGUUUAUCAUCGGAUACUGCAAGGACAAGUAUGAUCUUGACAUCAAAAGGGAGCAAAUACGGGUUCAUUCGGCUCGAGUCCCGAAACAGAACAACUUUAAUGAUUGCGGCGUUCAUGUUUUGUACAAUGUGAGAAAAUGGUUGCAAAAGAUUACCGAUUGCGAAUCCCAAUGGAGGAGUUUUAAGCUGCAUAUGAGUAAGCAUUUAUUCCCCGCGCAGGAAAGAAACAGAGAGCGCAUAUUUUGGAUCCAGACUAUUCUAGAUUUGCACCUGCUGCUGGAGCACAGACAGGAAGCUCCGUCGGAAGAGGACCACGACGACGUCGUUGAGAUUGUGCAUGAAAGUUUUGGCCCAGAAGAAGGUGCGAAAUGGGAGGCCAAAGCCAAAGCACAGGAGACACUGGAUCUCACACAACCGGAGGAGGAGGAAGCAACCGUGCAGACCAAGGAAGUUUCCCAAUCGCCUAAAUCUGAAGAUAUCCAUGAAGAGGGAGAAAUUAUCUUUGCUGAGCAGUCACUUGCUAAUGGCAAUCACUUGAAAGAAGAAAAAUCUGUAGCGAGCACCAAAGCAUCGAGAUCGCUCCUGCCCGUGUCGGAGAGUCCCAGCUUUUCCGCGCAUAAUGAUCCACACAUUCUUCGUGUCGCCAGUCCCCUAAAUGAGCCCAUUGUCAUUCUUGCUUCACCUACUUCGUCUUUGGACGAGCCAGAUGUCACUCCAGAUGCUGCUCUCGCUUCUGAAUCGCCAUCGGACGAGCCAGACGCCACACCUGCACCUGUACCUGCACCUGCACCUGCUCCCGUGUCACCAGUGGUUAACCUUGUACUCGAGCCCGACAACCUGCCCACACCUGUAUUCACUAACAAGCACUUGAACAAGAAGUUUGGCAACAAACUCAUUUCAAAAAAAUUGGUGGACCAAAUCAACAAAUUGGUCGAUAAGAAAGAAUUUGUCCCGCAUCCCAAGAUGCUCCAAAUGAUCACGGCUUGGAUUGAAAAAAGUAUCAAAGACAAUCCCCAAAAUAGUCCCCAAAAGAGUCCCCCAAGCGUCAAGGCGGAAAGUUUACCAUCCAAUGGCUCGAGCAGUGAGACACCAUCCGCAGGCGAGGUGAAUAGUAAAAUAUUAGUCGAAAAUGUUGGCAACAGAAGCAGUCGCUCCAGCGAUUCUCUAAGCAGCUUACAGCAUGGGCAGUUGAAAGACAAAGUAGCACACUCUGCAGUUCAGAUGAAAACUGAGGGCGACGUGAAACCGCACAUCGAUGGAAAAAAUCAAAGUAAUGCAGACAACCAAAGUGGAAAAGUCGAAAAGAAGACUUUAAUUGACCAGCCAGAGUCGACUAGAGAAACCGCUGCAAGACCUGUUCAACUUGACAAGCUCGCCGAUGAGUUGGUGUCCGAGAUUUCAAAUGGUUUAGAGAAAAAACCGGCAAGUUCCAAAUCGAAACUAGAACAUGAGCCAAGAGUGUCUGCAAGAAAAGUAUCGUUAUCAAACUCGAUCCAAAUUUCUGGCGAGCUUGAGGAACCUACACGGCGGUCCCUGAAAAAGCGUAGAUGUCUAUAG